AUGUCUCGGUUUAAUCAUAACCAGCAUAGCUUUCCGAGAGGGAGCGCAAAUCUCCACUCAAGCCAUGAGACUGAUGGAGAUCCCGGCCCCCACAAUCCCUGUGCACACAGCCCGAAGCCCUGGCAAGCUGCCCCUCCCAACGGUGGCAACCCGUCCGACACCUGGGACCCUCAUAGCAGCAGCAAUCCCCGCAACUCCCAUCCUGGGACUAUAGGUUGGAGGAAUAUCAAUCCCGAACCCACCCAACGCGACAAGUAAGCAGACAAGCUCGCGUCCUUUGUCACUUCCCAAAUACCUAUGUUCGGGAUUGCGAGCUAACCAUCUACCAACCUCUUGAUCUGAUAGCUCCCCGGAAUACCAAGUUCCAAUCUUCUCGAACGAUGUGCCGUUAGUAGUUUCUCCCGCCCAAUUGACCCCUGCCAGCUCGGGUCCCGCCUCAUUACACGCCCAAAACGACUCACCUACUGGAGCUAACGUAUAUUCCACCGACAAAAACGGUGGCUACUUCGACCUUAAUCCCAAUUACCAACAAUAUGCCGGCCGGGAGCAACGACAACCGACCUGGGGUCCUCAAUUCCCAGAACUUUCCCCCAACCACAACAUGGCCGAUUUUGCGCCUUGGCCCCCUCCUGCUGAUGUACCCACGUGCCACGGUGAGGAACAGGAUCAUGUCGCCGGCCACUCGGGCCUUCCCCGCUGGGUGUGCAACCCCUGCAAGGCAAUAUUCAAACGCCAGACAGACCUUGACAGGCACUUCAGGACAUCCAGAAGACAUAGUGCUCCCAGUGGGCCGGCUUGUCGAGAGAGGGGCUGUAGGCUUGCCGGCGCAAGAUUCACUAGGGUAGAUAAUUUCAAAGCUCAUUAUCGGAAGCAGCACGGAAAGACCGAUGUCGAGGCAGAUAUAUUUAUUCGAGAGUGGAAAGCUCAA